AUGUUGAUGGAUCCGUCGUUUCAUCUGUCAGAUGAGCAAACCUUCACCGAAAUGUUCAUUGUGCCACCGAAGGGUACGACAGAUCCACUAACAGUCACAAGAUGCGGACGAACGGUAGUUUCCAUCCCACGUGAAGAGCCUGAUGGGCGCAAGCCACACGGCUUAUUUCGUGACUAUCUGCUGUUGAGUGCUAGUCUGGAAUCGUUUCACGAUGUGGUUGACUCACGAUUAUCCACCCGCCUUGUAGCAAAAUCAGCAGCAUUCUGGCAGAUGGUCCAUAGCUAUGGCGGGCUCCAUGAGGAGCUGGCUGACGCUAUGGCUGACAUCAGGAAAGUUCGGUCAAACCUGCAAGCUGUCGCUAACCUUGUUUGCGAAAGAGCGCGAAAAAUCAUGCGUCUAUACGAACAACGUGAAAAGAAGCAGAAGCUGCUUGCAAAGCUGUUUGAUGUUGCCUGUCUUCGAGAAGCCCAAACAACUGUACAGAUGCUGUUGAACCAAAGCGAUUAUCCAAAAGUGAUUGAGUGCAUUGAAACCAGUGAGGAGGUGCUCAACUCUGAACUGAGUGGCGUCCAGUGCUUCAGGCAUCUUGGAUCACAACUGAAAGAAAUGUAUGGCGUAAUAGGUCGGAUGAUGCUGGAGGACUUUGCUUCUUUAAUACAGAAGGAAUUCGGCACGAAGCCUGAGGAUGGUGUACUGCUGACGUACGAUGGCGAGUUGUCGUGUGUUCUGAUGGGUUUGAUACAAGUUCGACGGUUCAGCUUCAUGUCUGUUGUUAGGACUGAAAUAAUGGAAGCAUUGAAGGGAAUCUUGCGGCACGAAGUCAAACUUCAUAUUGUGGAGAGCGGCUUAGACCUGACUGAUUUUGACCCCACUCUCAACCAGCUUGGGGAGCCCGUGCGGCGGUUACGGUUCAAAGAUUGGUUGAAAACUGUAGAGGAUGUCACAAGAGAAUUUUUCGACUUCUGUAAAAGAGUUCAGAGCCUCCAAGAUGUGAUUUGUGAAUGUGCAGAACGGGUGAGAAGCAACACUCAUGGAACUGGUCUCAAUGGCCUGAAUUUUGUCAGCGAUGAUGCCUUACAAAUACGACCACCGGUUGACUUGUC